AUGCUCUCUCAACUACCCAGCCUCCCCAACUAGGUGAGACUCCCUUAAAUGAGUACUAGUCAUGGCGGAGGAUCUUCAAAAAAGACUCAUGCUUUGCCGAGUACCCAAACAUCCCAAAAGAGCAGAGAAAAGAGGGAAGGAAAAUGUUGGCAGAGAAGACAGCUACCUCUCCUAUGGAGAUCAUGGGGCCAAGAGACGAGGAGGAUGGGAGUAAUAGCAACGCCAUGCGCACUGCAGAGACCUUGCUGCGUUUGGUCCCCAUGGCUCUAUGCAUCUCUGCACUCGUGCUCAUGCUCAAGGACUCUCAGACCAACGACUUCGGUUCCAUUUCCUACUCUGACCUGGGAACCUUCAGGUAUUUGGUGCACGCCAAUGGAAUUUGCGCAGGCUAUUCCCUUCUUUCAGCCAUCAUUAUUGUAGCCAUGCCUCGCCCCUCCAGCAUGUCCCGCGCUUGGACUUUCUUCUUCCUUGACCAGGUGCUCACCUACACUAUUCUAGCUGCCGGAGCUGUGUCAGUAGAGGUGUUAUUCCUGGCAUACAAGGGAGAUACGGCCAUCACCUGGAGUGCAGCUUGUGGGUCUUUUGGAGGGUUCUGUCAUAAGGCCACAGCAUCCGUAGUCAUUACAUUCGUUGUAGUGGCUUGCUAUGCAAUGAUUUCGCUCAUUUCAUCCUAUAAACUUUUCAGCAAAUUUGAUGCACCUGUGGCCAACCCCGGCAGGGGCAUCAACAUUACCGCCUUUCAAGGCUGACCAGAAUUGUGUUCUUCCAGUUGCAUGCACCUAAGUUGAUAUCCUGGGCAUAAUAUACGUGGUUGAUAGCAUUGGAGGUGCUUGGCUGUGUUCUUUGUAAUCCUACUGUUUCUGCGUAUGCGUUAUGUUGCUUGCUCACAUACAACUGAUCCUGGGCUACUUGUGUAUAAGAUGUUUUCCUUUUCCUUUUUCA